CGCUCUUGGGUCCGGUCGAGUGCAUAUUUAGCUCUGGUCGGGCUAAAAGCCCAGGACGCGGGACACAUCGGGUAGCCACAGCCACAAUCACAAGCACAGCCACAGCCACAGCUUGGGCUAAGGCUACAGCUACGGCUACGGGCAAAUUGCAUCUCAGCCAAAUGUAUGCCGGUCGAGCAACCCAAUUUGCAAAAACCAUCAGCAGCAUGGCAUGUAGCUUACAGAAGCAGCCUCAGGCAACCCAACCGGCAGCCAUGUCGACGUCCUGUGCCGGGGUAGAGGCGGAGGUAACUGCCGGACGACCAGGUGGAGGUGGGUCCAGCGGAGCUGGAACCGUUCCCUCCACACCGAAGACAACAAAGGCUGCACAGCCAAGGGGCUCGCUGCCAACGGACGUGAACCAGCCCCCCUUGGAAUUCCAAUGGCCACCGCCCGUUCCCGUCUCGAUACACACGAGUAACUUGCGUCUGAAUAUGAUGAAUCAGGAUCCCAAGGACUUGCACACGGCCAGGGCCAUAAUUGAGGAGCUGCGUUCCAAGGUGCGCUUCCAGACGGAGCAUAUCAUGAAAUGGCGCAAGGCGUACGCCAUGCAGGUUCAGCAGCACUAUCGGUAUCAGAAGGAAAAGUCAGACCAAAUGAACUCGCUCACAUCACAGCUCCUGCUGCUGGAGUCUCGUCUAAAGCGGAAGCAGAAGCAAAUAGCCAGCCUGCUCAACCACAGGGAGCUGACCAUACAGCGUCAGCAGAAGAUCAUUGACACGUUAUCCUCGCGCCUUGUGGACCAUGGCCUGGAGACGAUAGAGGCGAGCUAUGCCAACGAACUGGACUCCCUGAAUGACUCCGACUCGGCGGUGGUAAUGGAGGAUAUCGACUCCGACAGCCCUCUGACACUGGGAACGAGACGGAAGAGCAGCGGUGCCGGUGGACUGGGUGGUGUGCUGGGCAGCGAUGGUAUCACCAUAGUGCGCUCCAUAUCCGAUGCGAUAGAAACGAAUCUCAACAAGUAUGGUGCGGCCAGACGUAACAAUUGCUUCCUGCGGCGUCCAGACAUCCUAGAAACGGUUUACUCGGUGGAAGAGGAUCCCGAGCCCACCUCGGAUGUGGCCGAGAAGCGGGACAAGUUUAAGAAUCGCUCCGACAAGGCUCUAAGUUCCAGUUCCACUGAGGGCCAGAUAGACUCAGUGAGCCCCUCGGGCUCCGCCUCCGACAAAGCCAAAGAGUUGCCCGUUGACGGCGGCACCGCCAUCCAGAGGCGUCAGCUUGGUGCCCUCAAGCGGUCGCCCAGCCACGAUGCCCCCUGCACAACACUAAGCGUCAAGGUGCCCCAGCUUCAGCCGCCAUCACCUCCUCCAUCGAACACGGAUCCGGUCACUGGGAAGAGCCAGGUAACCAACUACAACCGCGUGAUGCUCAACCAUCGGUCAGUGACCAAGCCCAAGGACGUCAAGUACAAGCGCAUCAACAAGGCCAAGUCCAAGAGUCUGGAGGAGUUGCGAGGGCGUCUCAAGAACCUGGUGGAACGGCCGCCGGGCCUCGAUGGUGGAUACUCCAGCGGCAUGAUGCCGCAGACGGCUCAGUCAUAUGCGUGACAUUGGCAGCAGCCA